AUGUCUACGAAAGACAGUCAAGCUCAGGCUCAGGCUCAGGCGGCCGCAGCAGCGGAGGCCGCAAGGAAGCUAGAAGAGUAUAUCGAGAAGAUCCACUACUCUGACCGAUACUCUGACGACGAGUACGAAUACCGUCACGUUAUCCUCCCCAAACCCCUUUUUAAGAUGAUACCGAAGGCUCUAUUCAAUCCUGACAAGAGUGGCACGCUUAAGCUGCUGACGGAGCAAGAAUGGCGGGGGAUUGGGAUCACGCAGAGUUUGGGCUGGGAACACUAUGAGGUGCAUGCACCUGAACCCCACGUCUUACUCUUCAGGAGAUUAAAGAACUUUGUGAACCCUGUGCAGCAGCCACAGCCACAUCUCAAUGGCCGAGGAUUCAAACUGGGGAGGAAGAAGUGA